GGGAGAUGUGGACGGUGUUCAUUCACAUCCUCCAAUUACAUUUCCUAUAUUCGGAUGAAGCAGCUCAGCAUAGUGCUUUUGCGCAUUACCCAUUAAUGCUGUAGCUCUUCCAGGCUCCUCACCCUAAUUGAUGGCAUCCGCAGCAAUAAUUUCACCAUCUCUUGGCCACAUAAAUGCCUAUACCCCACUUUCAUCUUCCUCCUCUCCGGCUGUCUGCAAAACUCAGAAAAUUUCUUGCGGAUUGUCACUUAAUGAGUCAAGAAGGGGUGCAUUUCUCUCCAAAACAUAUAAAUGCAAGAGGAGGAUGGCAACGGCAAUGCCAAGACUGCAGGUGACAGCAAGGAGUGCAGGGGCCUCAAAGACCAUAGAAGCAGAAGUGGAUAAACCUCUUGGAUUGGCACUGGGCCAGAAGACUGGUGGUGGUGUUGUAAUCACGGCAAUAGAAAAUGGAGGGAAUGCUGCCAGAGCGGGUUUGAAAGUUGGGGAUCAAGUAUUGUACACCAGUAGUUUCUUUGGAGAUGAACUCUGGCCUGCUGAUAAAUUGGGUUUCACUAAGACUGCCAUCCAAGCAAAACCGGAUUCAAUUUAUUUUGUGGUUAGCAGAGGUGCAGAUGUGGAUGUGAAGAGAUUACCCAAGAGACCAGCGCCCCCUCGGUUCGGAAGGAAGCUAACGGAGGCCCAGAAGGCUCGGGCAACUCACAUUUGUCUCGACUGUGGAUACAUAUACACCCUAUCUAAACCAUUCGAAGAGCAGGCAAACGGAUACAUUUGUCCACAAUGUUCAGCACCCAAGAAGCGUUUUGCACGGUAUGAUGUUAACACUGGCGAAGCCAUCGGUGGCGCUUUGCCUCCAAUUGGGGUACUGCUUGGACUAGUAGUUGGUGUUGGAGCUGCUGGUGCAUUGCUUUUCUAUGGCCUUCAAUGAUAACAUGCAGGGUAAUAUUUUCAUGAUCAAAAUUGGCAUAUCUCUGAGGAAGGCUUGCAAAGCUUAAAUAAAUUUGUAGAAAUGAUUACCUUAGAUUUUAAAUUAUGGAAAUGUGGAACUUUGUUGCCAAUUCACCAUGUAGCUUAGCAUCAAAGUUUGAUAUUUUAAAUUUACUCAGAAUUCUCACUAGUUUACCUACAGUAUGUUGUUUCUGGAUUACUGGCUCGUGGGCAUAUCAUAAACACCCAAUUUAGUCUUGCCUUGUAUAACUGAGUGGUUUUUAAUAUGACAUCUUACACCUGCAUGACAAGACCAGGGUUUUGUCUGCAAUUUGUAAUCACUCUCAAGUGUAAAUGGAUUGGCAUUUAUGCCUUUGUAGGCAUCAUGGAAUACCAAUGUUUUAUGGCAUACGAAAUCUAUUAAUUUGA